CACACAUUUGGGACACUACUGGAGACACGGUCACAGACCUACUGGCUGAUGCUCCCACACUCUGGAGCGAGCAUCCUCACAAACAGAGCAGUGAAACUGCACACACACCAGAUCCAAAAUGCUCAGCGUCCAGGAGCGCAAGCCCAAGAGGCCUCACUACAUCCCACGGCCCCCAGGCAAGCCCUACAAGUACCAGUGUUUCCAGUGCCCGUUCACCUGCAACGAGAAGUCUCACCUGUUCAACCACAUGAAGUACAACCUCUGUAAGAACUCUAUAUCACUGGUGUCUCAGAAAGGAGGCAACACGGGGAGGCAGACCAAGACCCCUGGCCCUGCCAACGUCAAACUGGCAUCUUUAACCCUGAAAGACAGAUCAGGGCCCCUUCCUGUGGAGCGGCUCAUGACCCCUGGCCCUGCCAAUGUCAAACUGGCAUCUUUAACCCUGAAAGACAAAUCAGGGCCACUUCCUGUGGAGCGGCUCAUGACCCCUGAAGGUCACAGAGGAGGAGUGGAGAACAGGAGAGAAGAGAAGGAGGAGGAGAAGAAGGAGAGCGAGAAGAAGGAGAGAGAGGAGGAGAAGGAGGAGAGAGAGGAGGCGUGUGGGAGUCCAGUCAGGAAAGACAUUCAGAGUGUGAUCAAAUCAGACACAAAGGAACUCAAAGAGGCCAAGGCUUUGCCACGCCCGUCAGCCUUCUCCCAAGUCACACCCAAUCGGGAGAACCCAGAGGGCGCGCUAAAGUCGUCCCACAACCAAUCAGGGGAGCAGUCUCUGACUCCGCCCAUGCCAUCAUUCCAUAACCCCACCUUCGCCUGGGGCCCAAUGGCAGCAGCCUCCAUGCCGCUGAAGCCCCUCCCACCUCACAUAAUACCUGAGUACCCUCCCUACCUGUUUCCUGAUCGCCACCCGGCCCUCCACCCCCUCUACCAGCCCUACUUCAUCCCAGGGACGCAUCACCUUUCUGGGCCAAACUCCCAGACCUACCGGCCUAGCUUCCUGGAGACCCCACAAAGACCUGUGAUACCCAUUAACCCGGACCACUCCCACCCAUCUCUCAUCCCUCCAUACCCCUACAGAUACGGUCUCCCCCUGCCCUAUGGCCUGUACCGCCCCCCGGACCACCAUCCACACCCCAUCCCUCUCCCAGGCUCCAGGUACCUUCCUCUGGAUGUGUACGGCCCAGGACCAGGCCCCGGCCUGGGACCUAGGGACUAUGACUUUUACCUCCACCCCAGGCUCCAUGGUGAACCCCACAGCAGACCCACGGAGGAAGGGACCAACCAGGUGGAGCAGAGCAGAGACAAGCCCACCGGACUGAGCCCCAUGGAGGGGUGUUCUGCCUUGGGCUCACCUGACAGACCCAGCCCUCCACACCCCUUCACCCAGAGAGACACUACUGAUGGUUCCAGAUGUACCGUCCUGGGGGAACCACAGCCUGUCAACCAAUCAGGAGGACCAGAGCCAGCCUCGCAGCCAAUCAGAGUAGACGCGAGCAAAGAGGACACACCACAGAGCUUGACGACGCACAUGGAAAGAGGGACGGCAGCCAACCACGCAGAGCACACCACCUCUGACGAAAGCGACGACUCCUCAUCUGAACGAGAUGGUGACGAUGAUGAUGAUACUGAGGAAGAUUUGAUGCCCCUGAACCUCUCCAAAAAGGACCAGGAGUCAGACCUCUUCACCAGCAGGGGGAGCUGUCCUGAAACAGGGCAUCCGGAGGAGGACCUGCCACUGAACCUCAGCCUUCGGGCCACACCAGGCAGUCCAGAUCACUGCUCCAAAAUGGCCGCCUCAGGGAGGGAGUUUGUUAGUGUCCAACCAGGCAACCCAGACCAUUGCUCCAAAAUGGCCACCUUAAUCGCAGUGGAUCUCAGUCAACAGGGCUCCAGCCCAGCUCCCACCCAAACAGACAAGGAGCCCAGUGACCAACAGAGACAGACUGCAGCCCUGGCUCUCUGCCAGCUGGCUAGCUCCUCCUCUUCCUCCAGCCUCAGCUCUAUGGCAGCAGACAGCCCGUCAGUACGCCCAACACUAACAGACUGCCCCUGUCCCCCAACAACCACAUCCCUCACCAGAGAGGUGAAACACACAACUUCAGGCCUCACCAGAGAGGUGAAACACACAACUUCAGGCCUCACCAGAGAGGUGAAACACACAACUUCAGGCCUCACCAGAGAGGUGAAACACACAACUUCAGGCCUCACCAGAGAGGUGAAACACACAACUUCAGGCCUCACCAGAGAGGUGAAACACACAACUUCAGGCCUCACCAGAGAGGUGAAACACACAACUUCAGGCCUCUCCAGAGAGGUGAAACACACAACUUCAGGCCUCUCCAGAGAGGUGAAACAGGAAGACACAGCCAAGGGCCAGACUGAACAGUCUAGAACCAAAGUUAGGGGGGUGAAGAGAGCUGCCAGGGGAGAGAGCCAGCUCCCAGCCAGGAAACACACCAAGCUCACAGCACCUCACAAACAGAGACAGACUAAGAGGGCCCGGGUGGGGAAGGAGACAGGAGGAGGGAGAGCACUGAGGACGAGACCUCUCUGCUGCUGAACACUAAGUGACAGUUGAACCAAAACCCGUCCAACAGACACAGGAAGUCGACAGUGGCUCAGAACCCUCAUGGCCUCUAAGUCUAGGACCAGGAUGUAAAGGAGUAAAGUGGAUCUGUACAGUUGAACCUCCACGGACACUCCCCUGUCUGUCUAAAGGACGAUCAAAUGUUUACCAAGCACUAAAAGCAAGACUGGUGUUUUAAACCAACAUGUGAUGGUGUCUCCAGUUGGCUACAGGGAAAACCCCUUUUCAAAUGAACCUCCUCACCUGCACUGACUUGACCCAAAUAGCCUUUAUAUAAAUGUUAACCCUUUACACCUGAACACAGAACACUGUAUAUAACAAGGGUGGAACUAUUUAAGUGACUAUAAUAUGUGGUAUACUACAAGGUGCAUGGUGGUGGGAUAAGCUGUAUAUAUUUAAUACGGUUCUAGAAAGCAAUACCAAAAU